AUGGACAGUUCUUCUGCACCUCUCCAUUACCAGGACUGCAACAUGUACCAGAACUGUGCCACUCUCUACCAGUGUGGCUAUCCUAGCUCCGAGGGAUACAGCAGUCUUUCUCCUGCUUCUUCCAUUGACUCCAGUGGCCUUUCCCCUCCAUACAUGCAUUAUACAACCUCUCAGGAGGCCUAUGGUAACAUUUCUUCAACCACCACUCAGACAAUGAGCUUGAAAGCUCAGAUAAAAAACUGUGCUGAAAAGAAAAGCACAAAGAAGGGCAAGCUGCCUUAUGGCCAACGACAAAGCGCAAGCGAAAGAGAGAAGAUGAGAAUGAGGAACCUCUCCAAAGCUCUUCAGAACCUCAGAAGAUACCUUCCUCCUUCCAUGGUGCCUGCAGAUAAGCCUCUGACAAAAAUUGAAACUCUUCAGUUGACAAUCCGCUACAUAUCACAUCUGUCAGAACAGUUGGGACUAAGUGAAGAUGUCUUGGAGCAAAGAAGAUUGGAGGCAAUGCAAAGACUAAACAGAUGCCCACAAAACUUUAGUCAAUACAUUGAUAUGUCGGAUCCGUUAUGCUCGAAGCCUACAGAAAAGAAUUCCAUGUCCUUUUCAUCCUCUACAGAACCUGCAGCUCCUGCAAGACUUUUGUCUGUUGAACCUGAACUGCAAAAUUCACAAAACAGCUACAACAUGUCGUACGAGAUCCCUUACUUCUCAGAGCUACAAACCAGCUCUCAGCAGCUUCAAUAUGCAACUGCAGAGACCACUUUGCCUCAACUUUCUACUGAGUUCUAUUCCACAUGUCUCCAGCAGAUGAUGACCUGUGACGAAUACACCCAAGUCAUGGAUACACCCAAGUCAUGCCUCAACUGGAAGAGAGCUUCCAAUACUCAACAAAGUUCAAUCAUUUAA